CCGUCCGUCGCCUGAGGCUCCCACAGCUGCAGCUCCGUCGCGACCGCCGCGCUCCCGUGACUCGUCGGCCCGCGGGAGAAAUGUUGCUGAAGUGCUGCUGAAAGGGCCAGAGAUGCAAGGAUUUGGGACACACUUUGAACCUUUAAGCUGUCUGACAUUGACCUCCUUUCGUUAUUAAUAAAGAAGAAGCAGGAGCUUAGGAUGUAUUAACACCGACUCAUUAAUAUACUAACCGGACAAUGUUCUGCAGCAGUUCUACAUUGUAAAGUCCUGGAUUGGCACAAAAUUAAAUAAUUUCAUAUUUUACUCCACUUAUAAUAUGACUCGAUGGAGGAAAAUUUGAUAAGUAUGAGGGAAGACCAUUCUUUUCAUGUUCGUUACAGAAUGGAAGCUUCUUGCCUAGAACUGGCCUUGGAAGGGGAACGUCUGUGUAAAUCUGGAGACUGCCGUGCUGGUGUGUCAUUCUUUGAAGCUGCAGUUCAAGUUGGAACUGAAGACCUAAAAACACUUAGUGCCAUUUACAGCCAGCUGGGCAAUGCUUAUUUCUAUUUGCAUGAUUAUGCCAAAGCAUUAGAAUAUCAUCAUCAUGAUUUAACUCUUGCAAGGACUAUUGGAGACCAGCUGGGGGAAGCCAAAGCUAGUGGUAAUCUGGGAAACACCUUAAAAGUUCUUGGGAAUUUUGAUGAAGCUGUAGUUUGUUGUCAGCGACAUCUAGAUAUUUCUAGAGAGCUUAAUGACAAGGUGGGAGAAGCAAGAGCACUUUACAAUCUUGGAAAUGUGUAUCACGCCAAAGGGAAAAGUUUUGGCUGCCCUGGUCCUCAGGACAUAGGAGAAUUUCCAGAAGAAGUGAGAAACGCCCUCCAGGCAGCUGUGGAUUAUUAUGAAGAAAACCUAUCACUAGUGACUGCUUUGGGUGAUCGAGCAGCCCAAGGACGUGCCUUUGGAAAUCUUGGAAACACACAUUACCUCCUUGGUAACUUCAGGGAUGCGGUUAUAGCUCAUGAGCAGCGUCUCCUUAUUGCAAAAGAAUUUGGAGAUAAAGCAGCUGAAAGAAGAGCAUAUAGCAACCUGGGAAAUGCAUAUAUAUUUCUUGGUGAAUUUGAAACUGCCUCUGAAUACUACAAAAAGACACUACUAUUGGCUCGACAGCUUAAAGACAGAGCUGUCGAGGCACAGUCUUGUUAUAGUCUUGGAAACACAUAUACUUUGCUUCAAGACUACGAAAAGGCCAUUGAUUAUCAUCUGAAGCACUUAGCAAUUGCUCAAGAGCUAAAUGAUAGAAUUGGUGAGGGAAGAGCAUGUUGGAGCUUAGGAAAUGCAUACACUGCUCUAGGGAAUCAUGAUCAAGCGAUGCAUUUUGCUGAAAAGCACUUGGAAAUUUCAAGAGAGGUUGGGGAUAGAAGUGGUGAACUAACAGCACGACUAAAUCUCUCAGAUCUUCAAAUGGUUCUUGGUCUGAGCUACAGCACAAAUAAUUCAAUAAUGUCUGAAAAUAUUGAAAUUGAUAACAGUUUGCAUGGUGCACACCCCAAGUUUGGACGCCGACACAGUAUGGAAAACAUGGAACUUAUGAAGUUAACACCAGAAAAGGUACAGAACUGGAACAGUGAAAUUCUUGCUAAACAAAAGCCUCUUAUUGCCAAACCUUCUGCGAAGCUGCUCUUUGUCAACAGAUUGAAGGGGAAAAAAUACAAAACUAAUUCCUCCACUAAAGUUCUCCAGGAUGCCAGUAAUUCCAUUGAUCACCGAAUUCCAAAUUCUCAGAGAAAAGUCAGUACAGAUACUAUUGGCGAUGAAGGAUUCUUUGACUUGGUAAGCCGAUUUCAGAGCAAUCGGAUGGAUGAUCAGAGGUGCUGCUUACAAGAACAGAGCUGUGGGCCUGCUUCAACUGCAGCUUCUUCCACUCCCCCUAGAAUGAUGCUAAAAACACCAUCUGUUUCCAUGGUAUCCCCCAACACGGAUGAGUUUUUAGAUCUUCUUGCCAGCUCACAGAGCCGCCGUCUCGAUGACCAAAGGGCCAGUUUCAAUAAUUUGCCGGGGCUUCGACUGACACAAAACAACAAUAAGUCUGUACUUGGCCACCUGAUGACUAAUGACAACAAAGAGCCUGAUGAAGACUUCUUUGACAUCCUUGUAAAAUGUCAAGGGUCCAGAUUAGAUGAUCAAAGAUGUGCUCCACCACCUGCCACCACAAAGGGACCAACAGUACCAGAUGAGGACUUUUUUAGCUUGAUUUUACGUUCUCAGGCAAAAAGAAUGGAUGAACAGAGAGUUCUCUUACAAAGAGAUCAAAACAGAGACACUGAAUUUGAACUGAAGAACCUUAUACAAAGUAAUGCUUUGUUAGAAUUUAAAAAUACAGGAAAAAAAUAAGCAAACCUCUAGUUAUUAUGGAUGUAUUUUUUUUUUUUUUAAUGACCUUAUUUCCUUUCAGAACACUGCAGGGAAAUUCAAUCUAUUACUUUUUCCUUAAAAGGAGAAAUUAUAGCAUUGUAAUACAGCUUAAAAUGUUCUAGAAUGAUAUAAAUAACCUUUAAUAGUAUGAUAUUAAUUAACAUUUCUCUGGACACACUUGUUUCAGAGUGGAGGGGUCUUACAAAAGGUGCUUCAUCAACUUUCAUGAUUCAAGCUCCGGACUGUGUUCUUUGGCAACUUGUUAGAUUCCUUUACCUAGAGUUUGUAAAGUUGGAAGAUAAAUAAAUCUAGACUAGAAUUUAAUCCUCUUGCUGAGAUAAUUUUUUUAAAUCUGAAUUGGCAAUGGCUUUUUUUUAUACUGAACCAUGGAUGUAGUGAGAAAUUUUGCUGUUUAGUAAAAAUAACAUACUUGCCCAUGUGUAAAAAAGUUAUAGUCUUAAUAAAAAAAAAAUCUAGAUCGAUCUUUUUCUGCUAAGUCAUAUUUUCAGUAUGUUAUUAGUUCAAAGCCAUUACAAAAAACUCUUAAAUAAACUUCCAGCAUGUUUUAGGCCCUUUAAUUUUAAAGUGUGUGUGUGGCUUAAAAUUAUAUUUUCUAUUACAAAACACAGCUGUAAAACUUUUUAAGACCUAAUGUCAAAACAAAACUUUAAAUAAGAACCCCCCCCCCCAAAACUCUUGUGGUUCUAUCAAGAACCUAAGCCAUGAAAAUAGAAAAUAGAUGAAAUUCACAAAAUUUAAGAAUGAAAGAUGUAAAUUAAGCCUUCAGUCAUCAUUAAGCCUUCCCUCCCCCUUCCAGAAACUGAAGGUAAUUUACAAGGGUAUGUAAUAGGACAUGACACAAAGUAAGCUUAGCGAAAGAAGACAGCAAGGAUGGAAAGAGCAGAGCCUAGCCUGAGGUUGAAUUCUAGAAUGCAAAUGCCCACAGCCAGAACAAGCUGACAACUCAUUCACCUCUGGUUGCUUCUGGUUCUGCACAGCCAGGAUGGAAUCAGGGGCUCUGUUCUUCCUAAAAAUCCUUCAGGUGAUUUGGUGGAUAGUGAGAACCACUUCUCCAAACGGCCAAUGUUUACAAAAAUAAAAUAGAAAGAUAGUUAAUCUGGGAUCACAUCAAAGGCUCAGGGGAAAAAAAGAUUUUUGGUUCUAAGAUCAGACAAAUUUUGUCAAAAGUACUCAGCACCUGGAUCAUCUUGUCUUCUAUAUUACAUACAGGAUAUAACGUCCUAGAUAGCAUCCUUGUAAAAACUGCACGUAAGUUUCAUGGUUUUUUUUUUUCUUACAAGCAUAUUUGAUGAGCAAAGACAGCAUACCAAAUCACAGUAAUGUAAAAAUAAGUGUUUAUUUUGCAUAUACCAUAGUUCUUAGACCCAGUAAACAUUCAACAUUAUCUAUUCCAUUUAAACACUGCUUUUAAAAAGCUGUCAACCCCAUUCUGAUUUUCCUAAAAACCUGUUGCUAAAAUCCUUAAUUCUAAUGACAGAUACGGGCUGGACAAGAAACAAGUCUAUUUCCCCAAGUUAUAAACUGGCCUUGAUCUGUUCGAUCUGCUUUAGUGUCUUCCCUAAAUUGCUGUCAUCAUUCAACAGCAGUGGUAUGUUGCCUCGCUAGCUGUCAAGGUGGACCGCAUCCCCAAAUGGAUAUCU